AUGGGGGACCUGGCGCCGCCCAUGGAAGGCCAGACGUUGCCUAUGGCCAUGCCGACGUCAUCUCUUCACUUCUUUGCCCUUCGGCUCCGGAUCAAAGCAUUAUCAAAGGGGUCCCCAUCACUAGACUCGCAAAGGGAAGCCUGGACCACGCCCAGAGUGUCAUCUGGCAUGCAGCUGGCGCCGCUUGUCUCCCUUGGGGCGCCUCUUUAUAGUCGAGUCACGUUUGGGACGUCACCUCCUCCACUACCAUCAACCGAGAUCUUAUCUCCAGCGCCUUGGGCGCUACUCCCUGCACCAUGGGCACCGGCCAUUAUGCUACAAGGGUUUCUCGAGGCCUCUUUCCUCACGCAUGUCACACCAAAAAUUCCAAAGGACUUCUUGCCCUCCUCUCUCUUCAUCGAGGUUUGGUCAUCUCCAACUGUGAGCCCACCAGAAUGGGUGCCACCACAUUAUGCCUCCACCAUGGGCGCCACCUAUGAGACCAAG